AUGCGAGCUCGACACAACCCCCCCCACGGCCACUCUGUUUCCCAAUACCGGCGAUGGCCAGCGUCCACUCGGCAGCGGUGGACACUUGGAUGGUGGAUUGCUCUGGUCUGCCUGCUGUCCUGGGCAGCGCCAGCAGCAGCGGUGCUGUUGAAUUUUGACAACUGUCUUAGCAAAACCGACCUGGAUUCCAAUCCGCUGCCGCUCCAAUACGUGCCCCUCGAUGUCGCCGUCACAUUUAAUUUGAGCGACCCUUUACACCCUCUGAAUGUGACGGUAUACGGAAAUGUGUCGGGCACGGCCGACGGACAGUCGAACUAUCCCUCGAUGGACAGCCCGUCGUGGAGUGAUCCGAAUGUCACUGUCGGCAAGAUCGUGGACUUGAGCAGUACGAACAACAAGUACAGCACGCUGCUGACUUCGUUCGACGUGCUGAACUUUGCGGCGUAUAGCAAUCCUUCUCGGUUUUGCAAGUCCGUCACGCAGGGCGAGUGCCCGCUGGGCCCGGUCUUCAACUACAAUCUGAGCGAUUUGAGCACGCUGCGCGCUUUCUCUGUCCAACAUAACAUGGUUUCGACGUAUCGCUUCUCCACGAUUACACCGACGCUUACCAUCCGAUCCGGCGACGCGGACGCAGCUGAGCUGGGCUGUAUAACGGUAUCGGUCACACCCGACUUCGGGACAACCCUCAAAAAUGCCCUGGCCUAUGUGCCGUUGGUCAUUUUGAUCUUGGUUGGGAUUGCAACGGUGACUGCGGCAAUAUACAGCCCUUGGGGAACCACGGAUCCUUUUCGAUGGACGAGCAAUUAUGGCCGCGACGAGGAUGUCCUUCGACUGGUGACACCUGGGUUUGCGGAUUGCCUGCAGUAUCUGCAGUUCGUCGUGCUGACAGGCGCUCUCUCGUUGGACUAUCCCGGAUACUUCCAACCGGCCGUGAGCCACGGAUCUUGGUCAGUACUUAUGUUCAACCAGAGCUUUGUUCACCCUGAUGGUGGCAAUAAUCCGAUCGUGGAUGGUGUCUAUGCGAUCAAUGGAACCUAUGGACUGGAUCGGAUGAAUCAACUGGUUGGAAUGGCCACCACGCGAGAUAUAUGGCCGGGCAUGAUUGUCUGGCUGCUCAUCAUCUUGAUCUGCAUCACAGUACUGACUCAGAUCGGUUUCGGACUACGCUGGCUCCACCGCGAGCUAGCGCAUAAUACAGAACAGGAUCUGCGUUCCAAGAACAUGCCUUUCACCGUCGGCAAUAUCAUUCGAAUCGUGUUCAACUUUCUGCUCCUCCCCAUCAUCUCGCUUUCUUUCUUCCAGCUGGUCAUCGCCAGUGGGUCGCCAGCUUAUAGCGUGGCAUUGGCAGCACUGGUCAUCCUUAUUCUAAUAUGCUUCUCAAUCUGGAUGGUUCGUGUGAUUGCAUCGACUCGCCCCAAGGCUCAUCUCUUCGACGACCUUCCAACAGUCCUCUUGUAUGGACCGCUCUAUAAUACCUACUGUGACGAUGCAGCUGCAUUUGCCAUGGUCCCCAUCUUUCUCAACUUCGCCCGCGGUGUGGCCAUUGGGGCUUUGCAGCCAUCUGGAAUUGCCCAGGUUGUCAUGCUAGCCAUCUGCGAAGUCGUCUCAGUGCUCACGCUCAUAGCAUUCCGUCCGUUCCCAUCACCAACACAAAUGAACCUUUAUCAUGGCGUCUUUUCCAUCAUCCGUUUUCUGACUAUUGUCCUGAGCGUCGUCUUUGUUCCAUCGCUCACAGUCUCAAAUGCUACGCGCGGCUGGAUCGGUUAUGUAAUUCUCAUGUUGCAUGCCUUGGUUCUUAUCUUUGGAUUCUUCCUGAAUGCUCUCCAAACGUUGAUUGAAGUCUUAGCAAGACUCGCUGGUGCUGGCGGUUCUACUCGUGGUGGCCUGGUCAAGGUCUUUGGCUUGCGGCAGCUGUCAAAGCGCACACCUAACCGCGAUAUUACCCGUCAGAGUCUCGGAUCAGAGGCGGCCAUGCUCGGACACGUCGAUGAUCGUAUGUCGUCUCAGUUUGAGGGGUCCCGCCCCCGCAGUCUAUCGGGAAGCUCUGCCUUACUGUUGAACCGUGCUACUGCUAGUGAGGGACGUGCCAGCGCAGUGCUCGAGUAUGCCGGCUCGCAAAGUGGCACCCACAGCCGGGCUACUAGUGGUGCUUUCUAUAUACCGUCUCCCACCGCAUACACCGGAGCUGGCUUCCCCAGUGAAUCACCGAAUAGCAGUACAUUCAUUGGCGCGCACCCUCGGGACCCCUAUUAUCGGCCACCUCGGCCUGGGCGCCGAACUUCUCAGCCGAAUUCGCCGAUCGAGCCUCCUCCUAAGGGGAAAGGACGCUCGAGGACCUUCUUGAAGCCGGCCCGGCCUGAUACUGAAGAGGAUAUGGAAAUUGGCCUGCCAAUGUCCGGACGAGGCACGCCAACGCCGGCUUAUCUGCCUGCCCCCAAGGAUGAUCUGGAAUUGGAAGAUCCUCGGAAGCGGAAGGAUUAUGCCGUGCGUGAGGUGGAUUUCUAUUAUCGCGUGCGCGGUCCUCCACUAUCGCAUACUGGAACUCGCAAAUUGAAGACUGGCCCUGCAGAUCCUACAGGCCCCGUUUCUUCUGCGACUGGCUGGUUCCGCAACAUGUUCCAGGGCAAGACCAAGGACAAAGCGAAGGGCUUCGAGGUCGUCCGAAGUGCUCGGGCGCCACCUCCCGGCCUCUUCCGGGGCGGUAGCUACAAUGAGGAGUAUCACGAUGAUCCCGAUGAUGCAGUGGCUGGCGGGCAUUCUCGCCAUGUCUCUGGCGGCGAGGAACCAUACCGAUACUCAGAAGGCGACCACGAUGGUCAACGGUCCAGUGAUGCACGCCCCCCAGUUCUACCCCAAGUGAACUCCGUCGGUAGCAUCGAACUACCCAGCCGAGUAGGGUCCCGUCGUACCCAAGCAACAUCGGAGGGCGUGGAGGGAACAGCCCAGCCCCUGCCCAUCGUCACAGAAACCAUCUCCCCGCAACCAAACACCGUCUCAGAUCCCACCUCCCCGGACGGAGAGCACCUCCAACCUUCCUCCCCCGCCACGGCCCGCCUCCCAUUCAGCGGAAGCAGCUCACCGUCCCAAGAAAGAGGCCAUUCCGUCGCCUCAACCUCCGGCUCCCAAACAUCAUCCCACAAAACUGGCCGCCAUGGUGUCCGUCCCGACCGCCCCUCAAGCGUGGGCUACGUCGCCUCCCACCGAACCCAAGACAACAUCCACCAUGGGAGCCCCGACGAACCCUCCUGGGCCGGUAGCACCGCUGAGCUAGUCGACGAGGCUGCACAGGGGGACAAGGAACGCGAGCACUAG